GUGGGGGUGAGCAGGCUGCAGAAGAUGUUCUUGCAUAGGUGGGGGCUAAGGGCUUCCAAGACGGGUCAGGGCGGAGGAGCUGCGGGCAGGAAGUUAUACCUGAAGACCAGAGAGCUUCUGAAGACCAACAAGAAGAGAAGAGGGCGCAGCAGUGUGUGGGAGUCCAGCCAGAGUGGAGACAUGCCGCCGUACAGUGGGACAGGAGGAGGUAACACGCAGCAUAAAAGGAGCACAACGCAGCUGUUGAAGCAGGAAGGCCCUCCUGUUGGCAGGGCUCAGAGGGCAAGGGCCAAACCAACAACCUCACAGCCUUUUCCAUCGCCCGCCCUGCUGCCACCUAAAGCCUCUUACGUGCCUCCAGCCUCGUCUCUCCUCCACAUCACCUCCCUCCCUCCUCCAGUUCCUGCUUAUCACGAGGAACACUUUGAACGUCUGUUGGAGGAAAUGAUGAUGGGCCUCGAUAUUUUACCAAACAACAACGGUGCUCCACACUCUCAGCCUCUUCCAAACAGUAGCAGCAGUCAUGCUUACGCCUCCUGUGGCAGUACUUUGGCCCAAAACAAACAACAAGGCCACUCCACUGCAAACUAUGAGAUGCCCGUUCUGCAGCAUCAGGGAGAAGGAGCGCUGAGUGAGAUACUUGAUGACUUCCUCCAGUCCUUUGAGCAGCACAUUGACAGCUGUGCUGCCAGGGAAGAGGUGGAGAUGGGUAGUCGGAGCUGCACAGAGUCUAGCCAGCCUCAUACCGUCCUGAGCAAAGACAGAAAAACCAAGACGCCUCACAACCAUCAUCUACAGAAUAAACACACACCUGGUUCAGUCAGACACUCUCAAAUAACUGAACUGCAAAAGAGUGAUGCAGCUGGAAGACAGCCGGGACAUUCACAGCCACGCAAGGCUUCUGCUCCCAGUGCCACUCUAUCCAAACAUACUGAGGGAUCACCGGGGAAAGUCAAAGCACCGGCCAGACGACGGAGGAGAAGAAAAAAUGAGUAUGCAUUUGGGAUUAAGGUGAAGGUGAGGAAGUCAGAGCCAAGAAGUAAAGCAAACGCGAAAACUGUUGAUGACCAAGUAGACAAGCAGCUGCAGCAGAUGCCUGUGGUGAAACUGGAGAGGAGUGUCUCGCUGCCAGCCAAAGUUGCACUGCAGGAUGGCAGCUGUCUGGAAGUCAAGAUUCCUGCCAAACUAAAGACGACGUCUGAAAAGGAUCAGCCAGUCUCGUGGAGCACAAAGAUUUACCCGAUCAGGAGUAGGUUUAGAGAAGCGCGUAUCAUGGACAGUAUGCCCUUUCUUGAGCCACUUGUAGACAAACAGCCAUCCUCAGCAGGCCCACCAAGCCACACAGGCGGGCCCAAGAAAAAUGGACAGUUCUUCAGUUUAUCAAAUGAUGUGAGCUCAGCACCACCAAUUCAGCCACAGCCUGUGGAGCCCUGUGGCAUGGAUCAACAGCCAGAGAGAAAUAAAGAGAGACAUGAAGAAGAAUUGACUGUCCAGCCACAGGAAGAGGCAGAGAGCCCGAGGGGAGUGAAGAGGAGAGCAGAGUCAGAAGAGGAGAUGAGUGAUAAUUCUACUGUGACCAAGAGGGUUUGCUUUGAGCAAAUGGCACAGCCGACGCCUGAAACACACACACUGAGCUCCUUCUCCGCAGACAUUGUCUGUGAAGUAGCAACCAGAGAAUUGGGGGAGGUUUCCAGUGCAAGAGAUGGUCUACGAAGAGAAAAAGGAGAGGCAGAACCAGUGUGGACUAAAAUCAAACUCACAGAGCAAAGUUUGAUGGAUGAAGAGAUGGAGAGCAGCGGUGUCACAGUGAAGCAUUUUGCUCCACCCUCUUUACAUUCAGAGAAGGAGGUGCGUCUGGGGUCGACAGGAAGCUGGGAAGAGGAGGACGACGAAGACAUUGAUGUCAUUGGCGGUUCCAGCCCCGCCCUUGAUCCAGUGAUCAUCAACUGGACUCAGUCUUCAGAAGGUGAGGAAGAUGAGGACAUUGAUGUUGUUGGUGAUGAGACAGACUACGAGUCAUCGUCGGUCUUCAUUACUGUUGAUUAAGGUGAGCUUGUUGACAGGAAGUAUCAGACUUAGAUGCUCCUACAUUUCCAGUUUUCUUUUAUACUCGUAUUCAGUUUUUGUUUUUUCCGACAUUUCUCAGAAAACAUUUCUGAAUUGAUUUCAUUCAGCUGUAAGUAACAGUGACAGAGAUCGAGACAAACAUGGUUCAGUAGUAAACGUCUUCUGUUUUCAUUUUGUUCACCUCAAUGUGCAAACACACUGACAAUCACGUGAGGGAUUUUUGUUUUCCUAUUCUACCAAAGUUUAGGAAAAGAAAAGUUGUGAGCAACAUAAUUUUGAUUAGAUAGAAAGGAAUGAAAGAAAAGAUGUGCAACAUAAUGCAUAAACAAAAUAACGGGACUGUGCAGUUAAUAUGCAGCUGUUGAGUUUCAGCUCUUGAGUUCAGUAUUCAGACCUAGCCAGUGUCACACCGUCAAAGCUGACUGUGAUCUUUUUUUGGAUGUUGAAGAUAUUUAGCUGUUGAUUUUAUGGAGAGAGUUACAGAUUUGUUACUACUAAGUCCAGUAAUAUGUGAUUAAAAAAUGUUCAGCAUAGUUUGUUUUACCUGUCAAGUGUUGUGAACAACACUAACCGAAACUAACCAAACACUUUAGAAAAAGAUUCAACACAAAAACAAAAUCAGGUUUAAGUACCGUCAAAGUAAUUAAGAGUGUUUUAUUAGUUGUAAAUGUGACUAUGACUGUAUAAGUUGUAAAUAUGAUUGAUAGUGUCAGCCUCUGUUGCGCCACAGUUUGUAAAUGUUCCAGGAAAACUUGUGUCUUCCUUGUUUUACUCUCAGGUUAUGUUUAACAGUGUCGAGGACUCUGGUUUCUACAAUAAAAAUUCUUCUCUAG